CCACCGCGCUCUGUUUUCCUAAAGCCACCAGGUGACAUAAUAUUUCAAUAUGAACCUUAGAACUUUUGAAUGAACUUUAAUAUUUCAUAGCAAAGCACUUAUCAGAACCCGGAAGAUUGUAAAACUUUCGUUGUAAGAUAAUUCUCGAACAUCACACGGACCCUAUAAUGAGUACAAAGGUUGUUUUCAUCAAACGAAAUCAAGGAUGACUAUGAUUUUACUGUAUGUUGGUUGAGUACCUUCUAGUGUCAUUUUUGCCUUACACUUUUCUGAAAAAAAUUGUAUACCUGUAGGCCCACAAUAGUCAUCGUUGGCUCUCUGACUUAAAAUAUCUCAGCUUUUCUGGAUUAUUCUCUAUCCUGACCCGGGACCAUUUUCUCUGAGGAGACUGGAGAGUGAGAGUGAAUGUCUUCUGAUCACCAUGGAUUCCAGAGAUUUGAGUCUUCCACUAAACAGAUCAACUCUAAUUCAUGGAGGUCCUCCAAAACGAUACCGUCUACAUACAGAGAGAAAAGUUCUUGAUGAUCAUGGAAAAGUCAGAAAAUGGACUUAUGGGGAAAAAGACACCAGUAAACAACAGAAAAUUGUUCUGUUGGUGGGAGAGACCGGCGCUGGCAAGACGACUCUCAUCAACACCAUGGUCAACUACUUACUGGGAGUGAAGUUUGAGGAUGAACUAUGGUAUGAAAUCACAGAAGAAGAAGCCAAAGACCAAUCAGAAUCACAAACAUCUGAAAUCACCAUGUAUGAGGUCUGUCCUGUAGAGAAUCCUGUAUCUCUCACCAUCAUUGAUACUCCAGGAUACGGAGACACUAGAGGUCUGGAAAAAGAUCUGGAAGUUGCUUCAAACUUAUCCACUCUGUUUCAGAACAACGAUGGAGUUCGUGAGAUUGAUGCAGUGUGUUUUGUGAUUCAAGCAUCUAAGAAUCGUCUCUCAGACAGACAGCAUUACAUUAUCAGUUCAGUUCUGUCUUUAUUUGGAAAAGACAUUGUGAACAACAUUGUGUUUUUAAUCACACACUCUGAUGGUCUGCCACCCAAAAAUGUCAUCAGCGCCAUUAAUAAAGCUAAAAUUCCCUGCAGACGAGAUCAAAGUGGCCAACCUGUUUAUUUCUUAUUCAACAACCGGCAGGCUGAAGCCCACCACAGUGAGACACGUUACGUCCGUGCACAAAGAGCUGCUUGGGAAGAUAGCAUGGAAGAGACAAAGCAUUUCCUUCAGCAUCUGGAUAAAAAGAACAGAAAAAGUUUAGAGUUGACUUCAGAUGUCCUGAUCGAGCGCAUUAUAUUAGAAGCGUCCAUGUGCAACUUACAGCUGCGAACUCAAGAGAAAGAACUGAAAAAGGCAGAAAAACUUCAGAUUCAGAAGGCAAUGAUGGAAAACAAGGAAAAGAUUGAGGAACGUAAAAACUUCACCGUUAAAUUCAGAAGGACUAUCAAAGAGAAGGUGCCAAUUGAAAGCGCAUCAUGGAAGAGCAGGAUGGCGACGACUUGCACCGUCUGUGAGGAAAACUGCCAUGAGUUUGACUGCUGGUGGGUUUCUGAUCCCAGCAAAUGUGAAGUCAUGAAAGACGGAUACUGCACCGUGUGCACAGGGAAGUGCCACCACAGUAAACACGUCAAAGAAAACAAGAAAUAUGUCAUCAAAAAGUCAAGCAUGAUGAUAGAAUUUGAUGAUUUUAGAAAGGAAUAUGAAAAAGCUCAAGAACAGUUAAAGAGGUUUUUGGUUAUAAUGGAUGAUCUUGACAAAGAUCUGAAGGAGCUUGAGGACCAAAAAUUCAUUCUUCUGUUCAAUGCUUACAAGACCAUCAAGCAUCUGUCUCAGAUCGCAUUAAAGCCAGACUCAGCCUUCACUCUUCAGCAUCUCGACUUCUUCAUCCCCAAACUGAGGGAGGCUGGGAAGAAAGACUGGGUCCAAGAGCUAGAGGAAUUAAGGAAAACCGCAGAAGCUGAAGAAGCAAAUAAAGACGCUCUGAGUUACCUUCAAGCAGGUCUGUCAAACUGGAACAUUUCUUUGGUGGGCAAGUGAAGACAAGAGAUGAAAUGGUGAAAAUAAAGAAGACUGCUUACAAUGAGAAAUCAAUGCAGUCGACUUUCGGUAGAUCUGAAUGUAGUAAAAAAAUUUGCUUAAUCAGAGCAUCAAGCUAUUUUCAUCUGUUUUUAGUGUUAAAAGACAAGGCAUUCCAAUCCAAUCAGUUUAUCCAUGAACUGUAAAAAUAAAUGAAUAUCUUUCAUUUUGGAGUAAUGGAUGGAAGUUUUAACAAAAAAAAAAAAAAAAAAAAAAAAGUAAUCUAUGAAUGUUAAUGUGUUUACUCUCGUGGUAAUCCUUUGUGUUGAACUCUUCAUCAUUUGCUGGAGUCUUUCCUUUUUAUCUCUUUUUGCUUUUAUUAUGUUGUUUCCCUCAGAUUGUCUGUCUUUCUUUUCUGUCUGCCUGUUUCUUUUCUUUAUUUCUUGUUAAAUAAAAAACAAAAAUAAAUACAAAAAUAUUUAAAAAUAUAUUAUAAGUGUUUAUAAUACAAUAUUUAAAAUGCAUUUAAUGAUCUAACAUGUUUAAUCAGUAAUAAACCUAGGGAUGAAAUCUGUGGCCCAGGAUAUUCAGUGAUGAUGAUGAUCAAUAAAUCCCCAACAGAUUGUCCCCGGCAUUUCUCUAGACGUUUUGCCAUAAUGACUUUAUCUUACAGCUACAGCAGCCAGACAGACAAAAAAUAAAUAAAUAAAUAAAUAAAAAGUCAGGGGUCAAGAGCCCAACUAAAGCAAACACUGAUCACCAUAGUGGUGACUACAAACUUUAUUAUUUUCAAAAAAAAAAAAAAUCAUCAA